GCAGCGCUCCAGCACUUCCACAACCCUCUUUACUCCAGCCCCAGUCACGAUGUACACCUUCACGCUCCUCGCCAACCUCCUCCUCGCCUCGGCCGCUCUCGCGCGCCCCUCGUCUCGUCUCGGCGAGCGUCUUGCUCGUCGCAGUGAGGGUCGCCAGUCGCAGCCCGUCCUCAAGGUCGACGGCACCAACGUCUCGAACGAGCAGUACAGCGAGAACUGGGCUGGCGCUGUCUACGCGUCGGGUGAUGGCACAUACACCGCCGUGACGGGCACGUUCACCGUUCCCACUCCCUCUGGCUCGGACGGCGCCGCGUCUGCCUGGGUUGGCAUCGACGGCGACACCUGCUCGAACGCGAUUCUCCAGACUGGCGUUGACUUCACCAUCAGCGGCGGUGACGUCUCCUACGAUGCCUGGUACGAAUGGUACCCCGCGGCGUCCUACGACUUCUCCGGCAUCUCCUUCUCCGCCGGCGACGUCGUCAAGCUCACCGUCACCGCAUCCUCCACGACGUCGGGCACCGCCGUGAUCGAGAACACGACGUCGGGGCAGACCGUCACGCAGGACAUCACGUCCUCCUCCGCGCUCUGCGAGGAGAACGCGGAGUGGAUCGUGGAGGACUUCGAGGAGGGCAGCUCGCUCGUGCCGUUCGCGGACUUUGGCACGGUGACGUGGACGAGCGCGAGCGCGACGACGGGCAGCGGAAGUGUGACCCCGAGCGGCGCGACGGUUAUGGAUAUUCAGCAGAACGGGCAGACGCUCACGCAGACGACGAUCAACAGCGAUGGGUCUGUGACGACCAAGUACGUCUGAGCUGGGAUCGGGAGCCGAUGCCUUCGUGGUGUUGUGUGUCGGAUAAGCGGAUGUAGAAAAAUUGCAGAUACCGGUUUCCAGCACGGGUGUAUGUCUUGUUGUUACUGAUGUAUUUCUCAUUGGACCGCA